AAACCCGGAUCCAAAAGCCUUGGUUGUCACAGCUGGAAACAGCCUGUCACCAACGGAGAGUCUCUCUCUUCCCUUCUUCUCUCUCUAAUCUUUUUUUUUUCUUCCUUGUUCUCUAUCUCUCCUUUUCCUUCUUCUUCUUCCUUCUCCUUUCUCUGUUUAUUUGCUUCGUUUCCUCUUCUCUUUCUCCGAUUCUUUAUCCAUCUUCGCUCAGAUCUUCCCCGUUUCAACUCUUUGGAUCCAGAUUCUCCUCCUUGUAAGCUUUCUUCUCCCUUUCAAUCUCACCAAUUUUGGUUCUUUUUUUUAUUGGUCUUUGUUUGGAUCUGAAAGUUUUGAUUUUUUUCCUAUUUGCAUUAUUGGGUAUUCGAUUGUUUUCACUAUUUCCUUCUCUCGUGUAUUGACUUUGAAGUUUUGGGUAUUAUCUCUUGAGAUUCUGUGUUUAAAGUUUAUGUAGGUAACACGCAUAUCAAGUGUUAAAGAGUCAAGAUCACAAAAAGUUCUAUCGGGUGAUCUGGGCUGCUUUCUUUUGUAAUCUAAUUGCAGAAACUUUGCUCUGACUUGGAUAGCUUCGUAAAAGGUUCAAUCUUUCUCCGUUUUUCAUCAAUGAGUAGUAACUAAUCUGGAAAUUUGUUGGGAGAGAAAGGGCACAUUGCACUGCUAUUGCUAGAGAACGUUUCUGCAUCCAUGCUGGUAGAGAGCAUGCGUGGAUACUGUGUUUUGGGUGAUGCCCCUGACAAAAUUAGUUCCCGAUGCAUUCGGCGUUGUGACGAUAUGUCUAGUCGCUCUGCUAGUUCUUUUGGGUCUCCUUUGCAUCGCUUACUCGUUCUAUUUCCAGUCUCACGUUCGUAAGCAAGGCUAUAUUCAACUUGGUUACUUCAGUGGUCCCUGGAUUAUCCGAAUCACUUUCAUUCUCUUUGCUAUCUGGUGGGCUGUUGGUGAGAUUUUUCGAUUGAGUUUGUUGAGGCGUCACAGAAGGUUGUUGAGUGGGUUGGAUCUGAGAUGGCAAGAAAACGUUUGCAAGUGGUACAUCGUUUCCAAUCUAGGAUUUGCGGAGCCUUGUCUCUUUCUGACUCUCAUGUUUCUUCUGCGUGCUCCCUUGAAGAUGGAAUCAGGGGCUUUGAGCGGAAAAUGGAACAGGGACACAGCAGGUUAUAUUAUUCUUUAUUGUCUCCCGAUGCUUGCUCUUCAACUUGCGGUUGUGUUGUCCGAGUCACGCCUAAAUGGUGGUAGUGGCUCUUAUGUAAAGCUGCCACACGACUUCACAAGAACGUAUUCCCGAGUUAUUAUUGAUCACGACGAGGUGGCCUUAUGCACAUAUCCUCUACUGAGUACCAUCCUUCUUGGUGUGUUUGCAGCCGUCCUAACAGCUUACUUGUUCUGGCUUGGAAGGCAGAUACUGAAACUUGUCAUUAACAAGCGUUUACAGAAGAGAGUAUACACUUUGAUAUUCUCGGUCUCGAGUUUCCUUCCAUUAAGGAUUGUUAUGCUCUGUUUGUCGGUUCUCACAGCAGCAGACAAGAUUAUAUUCGAAGCCCUUUCUUUCUUGGCCUUCCUCUCCCUCUUCUGCUUUUGCGUGGUAUCCAUCUGCUUGCUUGUCUACUUCCCGGUUUCAGAUUCCAUGGCCCUGAGAGGUCUAAGAGACACAGAUGAUGAGGAUACGGCUGUGACCGAAGAACGCAGUGGUGCUCUGUUACUUGCACCAAACUCUUCACAAACUGAUGAGGGAUUGAGCUUAAGAGGUCGGAGAGACUCGGGAUCGUCUACACAGGAGAGGUAUGUGGAACUCAGCCUAUUUCUGGAAGCUGAGAACUAAAAUCGCCAAAGGCUGUUUCUAUUUGGCUUUUGGCAAUGUACAGAUUCCUGGUGAAACAAGCAGAGAGAGAGGGAUAAAGAGUUUAAGUAUGAGAAUAUGUUUGCGCAAAAAAAGGCAUAAUUUCAGUUUUGUGGCAAAGACACUUUGACUGUAAAGGAGGGUUUAAGGGGGUUUACUCUUGUGAGGGUUUGUUGUUUGAAAUGUUUUCUGCUUGAUGGAUCAUAUUUUUGUACCUUUAUUAUGUGAUCAAUUUUGAUUUAGAAAAAAAAAAAAAAAACAAUAGCCGUGAACAUGAGCAUGACUUUAAAAGAUAAAUCAGCCUUUUACCCUCUAUUCUUUGGACUCAUGAACAUGAGACUUCAUAAGAAAAUUAGAGAAAUUGUACCAAGC